AUGACCGAGCUUGAACAAGCCACUGAGUUUUCGGAUGGGGUUCCGAUGAGUCCGCCAAGCAGUGGAUGCCCGGGUGUCGAGCUGGAGUCCCUGGUGCACGCACCGCCGGACGAGGCCUGCACCCAGACAAGUGGCCUAACCCGAAAAGCAGCCACCCGAGUGAGCGUAUCCGCUAGGAGAACGCUACCUUCGGUUGCUCGUGCACCAUGGAGCAAUAUCAACUGUCAGCAGCAUGACGCUAGGGGCACUUUGGAGCCAACAACUGAAACAAUUGCAGAACGUAUCAGCAUCGAAAAGAAGCGCGGUGCUCGCCAAGUUCAAGUGCCGGCUGAAUGUGUAACGGUGGAUGCUUGCGCAGACACAGAUGCGAACCGAAUCGUAUCGGAUGCCGUGCGAGGCAAUCCACAGCGACCUCCAUCAACAUUUGCACGGGAGAGUGCGCUUGAAAGGGUGCUGGAAUCUGUAGAGGCUGCACAAGCUCCAACUGGAGACGAAGCAGGGGAGGUUGUUGUUCGAGACGGUUCUCCGGACGUUGAGAAGGACCAGCAAGAAACGGCAGCAGUUCGAUCCGACGAGGGCGUCCAGUAUGCGGAUACGCCCCUCGCGGUAAAUACCCCAGAGCUCACCGAAUUGUCGAACGCUUCUGUGGGCAACGUAGAGAACAAUCGAUUACGAAGCGCAAGCGAAAUACAAGGCAGCUCGAAAACUGCAGCUCAUGAACGCAAAGCACCGAUGCUGGAGUCUGACGUCACCGAUCCAGCAGGAAACACGGCAAACGAGUAUUCGCAGCUAUCGCCGAGCCAUGCAGUGCCUCCAGCGUGUGCACUAGGGCGCACUGCAGGCACUGGUGCCGCUGGAAUCCCUGAAAUGUCGAGCGCUUCGGCACUGACGCCUGCACAAACGGGAGAAUCUGCGGCUACCGGGGCAAGCGCAGCCUGCGAGCUACCGUCCACACCUCCAGCCGCGGAUUCGGAACCAUCCUCCAAUACAUGUGGUGCUCCGGGGAGCACCGAAUCCGCACAUACGGAAACGAACAGCACUACUGUAACGAACAUGAACGCUGCCCCAGAGCAGUCUGCAUGGCGCCCCGCGCUCGACACGACGCCGUCAUCGCUCGUCCAGCAGAAUGUGCGCUUUGUAGAGAAACCCGGUUCGAAUGGUGAUCUCGCGGAUCCCGUCAUUCUCGUAGUGUCCAUUCCCCAGAAUCAAGAAACCAUCAAGUAUCGGGCGAAGGAUCGGGUCGCUAUUUGGAACCGCGAAGAGUUGCGCAAAAUCAGCGGCAACGCUGCACCCUUGGCGAAAAACCUGCGCAAAUACUUAGCAAAGUACACCAAUUGUGAAGUAUAUUGUGGCCAAGAUCUCGAUGAACAGGGCCGUCUACGCUCUUUUGAUGCGCGCAGUGGGAGCGGAGGCCUCGGCGAGCACGUACCCAUAUGGAAUCGAGUGAAGAAGCUGAAAAUUUCGGGAAAUGCGUCGCCGUUGGCCAAAAAUCUGAAAGCCUAUCUCCUGAGGCAUCCGGAUUGCGAAGUCUACACUGGCCAGGAUCUGAACCUGGGGCAUGGAACCGGGUCCACUGCAGUCCCGAAUCGUGCUGCGCUUGCUGGAAUGGCUACGAUUCAGCAGCUGGGUGACAAACUCGGCCCCGCAGCUGGUGCAUCCGGUCCCAAUGCAGCGAGUGCUCCCGAGCGCGGGGCUCCAUCCUCCGGGACAGUGAUCCAGAAUGAGAACACGGACGCACGGGCCCUGCUCCUUGACGAUGAAGCAUCUCGACUCUUGCUGCCAGACCUGGCAGCAAUUCCCCAGGUUGCAGACGGUCUGGUUGCAGGCAUCACUGGCGAUACAGCGAUGUUCUCGAACGGCGUCGAGUACCGGUGCAUCGCCGCGCAUGGCGUGUCGUGCAGCUGUGGCCAGUGUCUGGAAGCAGAGGUCGAGCUGUACAAGCACCUCGACAUCACUUGUUCGUGCAGUGACUGUGCCUCUGUGACGGAUGUUGAGCAUGCGCUGUCGCGCAGCGAUGCGGCAGCGGACGUAUCCUCCGCGGAGAGUGAUGUAUCCAGCUCCAGUGAGGCAGAAGGCGUGCUCUUUGGCAGCAUCGAAGAGUAUCGACCGGUAUCAGCGGAAACGAUUGGACCGACUGCGACGCUGCCAGCGUACGCCGGUGAUCAGCGCAUUACGAUUACCUCGAUCAAAACGACACACGGCCUCGUGUUGCUUAUACCACACCAGGCACUGCGUCAGGAAACGGAAGCAACGCCAGAGGCAUUCGUGGAGGCAGUUUCAACAGCGGAUUUACGCGUGGACGUCACGCCACAGGCGCCUUCGUUAGGUGCAAGUGCGUCCUCGGCCGCUCAUCGACGAUACCUGGUUGUUCCGGGGAGACAUAUUGGAGCGGCGCUAGCUGCAGCUGCCCCAACACCUGGUGAGCAUCCCGGAACGGAUCCCGUACUGAGCACUGCGCAGGUCGCUGAUCAGCGUGCCGCAUCUUCCGAGGCUGUUACCGACCCUGCUGCCAACAUGGUCAGCGUCGACACCAUUAUCGAAGCAGUAGGCCGACAUCUCGCAGCGACGGUGAGGGAUCCCGCGGCAACACCGCUGCAAUCCGCUGAGGAGAGAUCAGCGCCCGGAAGAGAUUCGACAAAGAUAUCCGAUGAUGACACUCGCGACGUAUCGGUAACCGGUGUUUCUGAUGAGCACGUGCCGCACGUUGCACCGUCAACGGUACAAGAUGCGUUGAGUGCGCCCAUUGGCACGAUGCCUGCAUCUGGUACCGUUUCCGCACGAACGGAACCGACUGGAGCGCUUGAACGAACGCCAAUACCAGUGCAAGCUGGCGGUGAUACAGCACAACCACCGGAUGCUGGUAGCGUGCGUGAACACCUCGAUCAUGCAGCAGUGGCAGUGGCAACGGCAGUAGCGACGUGUGAGCAUGCCCUGCCCUCGCCACCGCCAAGAGCAGCAGCAACAUGGCGUGCAGCGCAGGUACGACACGGUGCUGGAGCUGCAACCCCGAAAAGCUUGACUGAUGACGAUGACGAUGAUCGUAAUUGUGGUGCUGACCAUAUCGAGAAUGCGUCACCAGUGUAUCGCGAGGCUCGACGCAGGCAUCCUAAGCGACAUCGUCGCGAGAGCGUACGCUCCGAGCCUCCGAUGCUUUCCGCCACAGCGCUCACCGAAGCAACGGAACGAGUGCGUAGCGGGCGACGCACAUCCUGUCGCAGGCAGCAGCGUCGAAAGCGUUCGCGUAACCUGGGCCAGUUGGCAUUUGCUUAUCGUCAUCUCCAGCGUAUGCGACAGAUCGAUGCCUAUGAACGAGAACUACUACGACUAUCGUCUUCGGACGAGUCGAGUGGUCUGUGGUCACCGUUCAGGCCGGAGUCGGAUGAUCUCGGUGACGGCGAUAUCGUGAUCGAUCCCAAGUGGUGGCAGUGGACCGGUGAUCCACUGGAACACGACCUCGGGCCUUUUGGAAACGGUAUCUUGGGCGAUAUCCCCUGGAUGAUUACAUUCGGCGACACCGAUGAUGGUCGUGAUCGUCACCAUCGUGAAGACGAAGACGAAGAAGACGUCGAUACGGGUGAAGACGGCAUCUUGUGUGCCGAUCCUUGUUUCAACGCACAGGGCAGGCGCCGUCGAUCGCCCCGCCGCCUUGGCGACAAGAGUGGUGGACGUUCGAUGCACACGUCAACGACAGAGGCAGAGGCAGCGAUUCAGAUAGAGAUAGAGGCAAAGGAGGAUGAAGAAGAUGCACAAGGAAAGGCAGCAGCGGUGUUGUCGAGGCGGCACGUCGAUCGCCGGGAUAUUCAUCGUAUUGGUUGCCGUGGCGGCCGCUACCGUCGUGGCCACUUUGCCGCUGAACACGAGUUGCUGCGUCCAGGACGCGAGGGUAGGCGUUCCAGUGACCUCAUGCAUCCGCAAAGAACACGAGGAGCAGCGGCAGCGGCGUAUACAUCGGGACAGGCGGCGUUAUCGUCUCCGACACGAGCGCAUCGCAAGGCGGUGUCAGCUGGUGUUCACACCGAUGACUCGAUGUUCGACGAGAUGAGCAGCAGCAGCAGCAGCAGCAGCAGUAUCCUGGUUCGAACCAGUGCCACCGUGAGUCUCUGA